UUUGUAUGCAAUAAUCCAAUUUUGAAACAAAAAUUGAGAACUAGAAAUACCCUUAAGUGCCUAUAUAUAAAAACAGAAACGAAGCCCCCGAGAAACAGACUACUUCACCAUCCCUUCGCAAUGGGAUCUAUAGGAAUUGAAACUCCCCAGACUACAAAGAUCCAUGACCCAAGAAAACCCGAAGAUCCAACUUCAGACGACGACGAAGUCUCGCCGAUCGAGGAGGUCAGGCUGACCGUCCUCAACACCGACGAUCCGACCCUGCCGGUAUGGACCUUCCGGAUGUGGUUCCUGGGGCUGCUCUCGUGCGGCCUCCUCUCGUUCCUCAACCAGUUCUUUGCGUACCGGACCGAGCCCAUCAUCAUCACCCAGAUCACGGUCCAAGUGGCAACCCUCCCCAUCGGUCGGUUCAUGGCCACGGUUCUCCCAACCACCACGUUCCGUUUCCCGGGGCUUGGCGACAGGGAAUUCUCGCUCAACCCGGGUCCAUUCAAUAUGAAGGAGCACGUCCUCAUCUCGAUCUUCGCCAAUGCCGGGAGCGCAUUCGGGUCCGGGUCGGCUUAUGCAGUCAGCAUCGUGAAUAUCAUCAAGGCCUUCUAUGGCAGGAGUAUCUCCUUCGUCGCCGGCUGGCUUCUCAUAAUCACAACUCAGGUAUUGGGGUACGGUUGGGCGGGGCUGCUGAGGAAGUACUUGGUAGAGCCGGCUCACAUGUGGUGGCCUAGCACUCUCGUCCAGGUCUCCUUAUUUCGGGCACUGCACGAGAGAGAGGAGCGAAGGUUAUCGCGAGCAAAGUUCUUCGUAAUUGCCCUGAUUUGCAGCUUCACAUGGUACAUCGUCCCCGGAUAUCUCUUCUCCACACUCACAAACAUCUCAUGGGUCUGCUGGGUGUUCUCGAAAUCAGUCACUGCACAACAGCUGGGUUCCGGAAUGCGCGGCCUAGGCGUAGGAGCCUUAACCCUCGACUGGGCUGCAGUGGCAUCCUUCCUGUUCAGCCCGCUCAUAUGCCCAUUCUUCGCCAUAAUGAAUGUUUUCGUAGGGUUUGCGCUGAUAAUCUAUGUGGCGAUGCCCAUCGCUUACUGGGGAUUCAACUUGUACAGUGCAAACAAGUUUCCGAUCUUCUCCUCACACUUGUUCACGUCCCAAGGUCAGGUUUACGACAUAUCGCAGAUCGUGAACAACAAGUUCGAGCUCGAUAUACCGGCAUAUGAGCAGCAAGGAAGGAUCCACUUGAGCAUGUUCUUUGCUCUCACUUAUGGAUUUGGCUUUGCCACAAUCGCAUCUACACUUACUCACGUGGGCUUGUUCUACGGAAGAGAAAUCUACAAUAGAUAUAAGGCUUCUAGCGUGGGAAAGGAAGAUAUUCACACGCGACUAAUGAAGACAUACAGUGACAUACCUUCGUGGUGGUUCAACGUGUUGCUCGUUGCGACUUUUGUAAUAUCGCUUGUGCUCUGCAUCUUCUUGAAAGAUCAGAUCCAAAUGCCAUGGUGGGCUCUCAUCUUCGCUUGCAUCCUUGCGUUCGUUUUCACCCUCCCGAUCAGCAUAAUAACUGCCACCACAAAUCAGACGCCGGGGCUAAACAUAAUCACGGAGUAUCUAAUGGGUCUAAUUUAUCCGGGAAGACCCAUAGCUAAUGUUUGUUUUAAAACUUAUGGCUAUAUGAGCAUGGCUCAAGCGGUUUCAUUCCUCAGCGAUUUCAAGCUUGGACAUUACAUGAAGAUACCUCCACGAUCUAUGUUCCUAGUUCAGUUUAUUGGGACAAUUCUUGCGGGAACCAUCAACAUUGCAGUGGCGUGGUGGUUGCUGACAUCUAUCAACAACAUAUGCCAAGACCAACUCCUUCCCCCAGACAGCCCUUGGACGUGCCCUGGCGACCGAGUCUUCUUUGAUGCGUCGGUGAUAUGGGGUUUGGUGGGGCCCAAACGGAUCUUCGGGUCCUCCGGGAACUACCAGGCCAUGAACUGGUUCUUCCUCGGGGGAGCUGUGGGGCCUGUCAUUGUUUGGUUACUCCAUAGGGCGUUCCCGGCGCAAUCUUGGAUCCCGCUGAUCAAUCUCCCAGUCUUACUGGGUGCGACGGGAAACAUGCCACCAGCAACGCCUUUGAACUACAACUCGUGGGUCAUAGUUGGGACGAUCUUCAACUUCUUCAUAUUCCGGUAUAGGAAGAAGUGGUGGCAGAGGUACAAUUACGUCCUCUCAGCAGCUCUUGAUGCUGGGGUUGCAUUCAUGGGAGUGCUAUUGUACUUCACGCUCGGGAUGGAGAAUAGGACUCUAGACUGGUGGGGAACUGCAGGAGAGCAUUGUGACUUAGCAACUUGUCCUACAGCUAAAGGAAUAGUCGUCGACAGCUGUCCGAUUAACUAAUAGCUUGUAGUUAUGUUACUCGAAGUAUAGUGGAAUUUGAUUCGAUCAAAUUAAUUAAGCAGCUUUUUAGAGAACUGAUUAUGAGCACUUUGAUAUAUACCAUGGUACACUCCAAUCAGUUCCCCGAUCA